GAGAGAAGAGUGUAUGUCAGGAUUCAUCAUGGCGCUCGGUACGCUUCAGCACGACCAUCCAUUUGAGCAUCUGAUCGACACACUACGGUGUGAAAAAUAUGAAGAGCGGAGAUACUUCAACCCACAGAAGCUCAGUGAUGCUAGAUAUGAGAAACUUCCGUUCUGCAUGCGGGUUUUGCUUGAGUCUGCGAUUCGCAAGUGUGACAGGUUCUACGUGAAGACUGAGGAUGUCACCAAUAUUCUGGACUGGCAGACGCAGCAGAACCAGGCCGAGGUUCCGUUUUUACCUGCCAGGGUUCUGCUGCAGGAUUUUACGGGAAUUCCUGCAAUGGUGGAUCUGGCAGCCAUGAGAGAUGCUUUAGCUAAGCAGGGAGUCGAUCCAAACCUGGUGAACCCCAAAUGCCCUACAGACCUCAUCGUAGAUCAUUCACUGCAGAUCGACUACAGCAAAUGUGCCAUCCAGACCCCUCCGACCCCCGUGGACGACAGAUCUCCUGCCGGUCGGUCAUCUUCCCGUGGCAGCAGCAGUAACACUCAGUGUGGAGGUCAUCGACUGGGUCAGAGGGGUGGCUGUAGUAAAGCCUCGUGCUCUGAUGCUCCCAGUGGCCGAACUCCAUCAGUACAGAUAGAGAACACACCCCUCCUGUGCCCCUUCCACUUACAGCCUGUGUCAGAGCCUGAAACGAUGAUCAGAAAUCAAGAGCUGGAGCUGAACAGAAACAAAGAGAGACUGCAGUUCUUCAAGUGGUGUUCAAAAGCCUUUAAAAAUGUCAACGUAGUUCCACCAGAUAUUGGAGCUGUACACCAGGUGAAUCUAGAGUACCUGUGUCAGGUGGUACAGGAAGAGGAGGGGUUUAUUUAUCCAGACAGUGUAGUGGGAACAGAUUCCCACACCACCAUGAUCAAUGGCCUUGGAAUCCUGGGCUGGGGUGUUGGAGGUAUUGAAUCAGAGGCAGUCAUGUUAGGUCAGCCAGUGUCUUUGACUUUGCCACAGGUCAUUGGCUGUAAACUUGUUGGCUCCAUCCAUCCUCUUGCCACUUCUAUUGAUAUUGUCCUGGGCAUCACAAAGUACCUGCGUCAAGCUGGAAUCAGCGGGAAGUUUGUGGAGUUUUUCGGACCCGGUGUGUCACAGCUCUCGGCUCCUGAUCGGACCACCAUUGCUAACAUGUGUCCGGAGUAUAACGCCACCAUCAGCUUCUUUCCUGUGGAUGACAUCACCCUGGAGCACUUCAAACACACCAUCUGCAGUAAAGAGAAGCUUGUGGUUUUAGAAGACUACCUGAAGGCUGUGAAACUCUUCAGAAGCUACGACGACCAAUCAGAAGAGCCGCAGUAUACAGAGGUAAUUGAGAUGAAUUUAAGCUCCAUUGUGCCUCACAUCAGUGGACCCAAACGGCCGCAGGACAGAGUGGCCAUAACUUGCAUGAAGGAAGACUUUAUUAACUGCUUGAAUGAGAAGGUGGGAUUUAAGGGCUUCCAUGUGUCCAAAGAGAAGCAGGGAACUCUGAUCCCUUUCCUGCAUGAGGGGGCGGAGUACAGCCUGGCACACGGGUCUGUCGUCAUUGCAGCCAUCAUCAGCUGCACCAAUAACUGCAACCCAUCUGUCAUGCUGGCUGCAGGUCUGUUGGCGAAGAAAGCCGUUGAGGCUGGACUGUCGGUAAAACCGUAUAUCAGAACCAGUCUGGUGCCCGGCAGUGGAACUGUUACACAUUACCUGAACACCAGUGGAGUCUUGCCCUUCCUCAAGAAACUCGGGUUUGAGGUGGUUGGUUAUGGAUGUGCCACUUGUGUGGGAAACACAGCGCCUUUACCUGAGAGUGUGGUGGACGCCAUUAAACAGGGUGAUUUGGUGGCAUGUGGCGUGCUGUCUGGGAACAGGCAUUUAGAAGGACGCCUGUGCGACUGCGUUCGGGCUAAUUAUUUGGCCUCACCCCCACUGGUGGUGGCGUAUGCAAUCGCAGGCACCAUCAGCAUUGACCUGGAGAUGGAACCGCUGGGUGUGAACUCUGAAGGGAAGGACGUGUAUUUGAGGGAUAUCUGGCCAUCUAAAGAAGAGGUGCACCACACAGAAGAGAACAUUGUCAUUGCCUCCAUGUUCAAAGAGCUGAGGAGCAAGAUGGGGAAAGGAAAUAUGUUCUGGAACGUUUUAGACUCUGCCGAAUCUGCCCUCUUCCCAUGGGAUCCCAAAUCCACCUACAUUCACUGUCCGCCCUUCUUCAGUAAACUGUCUAAUGAGGUGUGUUCCCCUCAGUCCAUUGACAGUGCUCACGCUCUGCUCUUUCUGGGUGAUAAAGUUACGACUGAUCACAUCUCUCCAGCUGGUAGUAUUGCUAGAGUCAGUCCUGCUGCCAGAUAUCUGCAGAACAAACGUUUGACCCCUCGUGAGUUUAACUCUUAUGGCGCGCGGAGAGGAAACGAUGCGGUGAUGACUCGAGGAACAUUUGCCAGCAUAAAGCUCCAGAACCGCCUCAUCGGAAAGACCGGACCCAAAACACUGCACAUUCCAUCAGGACAGAUGCUGGAUGUGUUUGAUGCUGCUGAGCGCUAUCAGAGAGAUGGAGUUCCUCUCAUCAUCCUGGCAGGAAAGGAGUACGGCUCAGGCAGCUCACGGGACUGGGCUGCUAAAGGACCCAGUUUACUGGGGGUGCGUGCUGUGAUAGCGGAGAGCUUUGAGAAGAUUCAUAAGAACCAUUUAGUGGGGAUGGGCAUCGCUCCACUGCAGUUCCUGCCAGGACAGAACGCAGACUCACUGGAGCUGUGUGGAAAAGAGCGAUUCACCAUCAACUUCCCACAGGAGCUCACACCCAGACAACAGCUUACAGUAGAGACGAGCACAGGGAAGAGUUUCAGCGUGGUGGCUUUACUCGAGAACGAGCUAGAUAUGGUGUUUUUCAGAAACGGAGGCAUCCUGAAGUAUGUGGCUCGCUCUUUGCAACAGUAGAAAAAUUAGACUUAUAGCCACAAAGAUGCCACAAAGACACGACGUGGACCUCUGAUCAGCAAAGCGCCACCUAGUGGCCUUCAGUAGGUGGAUGAACUCUUAAAGCUGUACCUCUUGUUUGCCCAAUCUUCCACUCCAGAAGGAUGUCGUUCUUGCACUUAAAUGUCCAGCGUUACUUUUCGAAUCAUUCUCUCCACAUAUUGGCAUAAUGGAAACCCUAAAGUCAAUUUGUGGAGUCAGAGCUUUAGUUAGUUUAAUUUAGACAUUUCAUAUUGCAGCGCCUGCAACAUGUGUCAAGAAACUUUCUGUCCAUGUGAACGCAUCUAGUGUUGGGCUCAAAUACUGCAUGAUGAAUUCACUGUCGACCAGGGCUCUGAUCUCAAAACAGGCUUCGUUCUUCUCUCAUGGUGCUGAUUUUAACAGUGUCCACACAUACAAAAAACGUCCAGCAUCUCCCAGCACACUGUUCUGCAUGAGUGUCCACAUCUUGCUGUCACGACAGCAAAGCACUAUUUGUUUGAUCCAAUCCAGUUAAAUAUCAGUUUAUUUAUUAUUAGCGUCCCUUUAAUGUCUGCUGUUUUUGAGAGUAUGAGUUACAUUGAUGAUGAUAAUUAAAUUGAGUUAUUAGGUGAAUCUCAUGAAACCUGUCCAGAACCAAGUACAGUUGUGCUCAAAAGUUUGCAUACCCUGGCAGAAAUUGUGAAAUUUUGGCAUUGAUUUUGAAAAUAUGACUGAUCAUGCAAAAAAAAAAAAACUGUCUUUUAUUUAAGGAUAGUGAUCAUAUGAAGCCAUUUAUUAUCACAUAGUUGUUUGGCUCCUUUUUAAAUCAUAAUGGUAACAGAAAUCACCCAAAUGGCCCUGAUCAAAAGUUUACAUACCAUUGAAUGUUUGGCCUUGUUAUAGACACACAAUGUGACGCACAGGUUUAAAUGGCAAUUAAAGGUUAAUUUCCCACACCUGUGGCUUUUUAAAUUGCAAUUAGUGUCUGUGUAUAAAUAGUCAAUGAGUUUGUUAGCUCUCACAUGGAUGCACUGAGCAGGGUAGAUACUGAGCCAUGGGGAGCAGAAAAGAACUGUCAAAAGACCUGCGUAACAAGGUAAUGGAACUUUAUAAAGAUGGAAAAUGAUAUAAAAAGAUAUCCAAAGCCUUGAAAAUGCUAGUCAGUACUGUUCAAUCACUUAUUAAGAAGUGGAAAAUUCAUGGAUCUCUUGAUACCAAGCCAAGGUCAGGUAGACCAAGAAAGAUUUCAGCCACAACUACCAGAAGAAUUGUUUGGGAUACAAAGAAAAACCCACAGGUAACCUCAGGAGAAAUACAGGCUGCUCUGGAAAAAGACGGUGUGGUUGUUUCAAGGAGCACAAUACUUGUUGAUCCCUCUCCAAACAUAGUGCUUAUGGUUGUGACCAUAAAGCUCUAUUUUGGUCUCGUCACUCCAAAUUACAGUGUGCCAGAAGCAGUGAGGCGUGUCAAGGUGUUGUCGGGCAUAUUGUAACCGGGCUUUUUUGUGGCACUGGCGCAGUAAAGGCUUCUUUCUGGCAGCUCGACCAUGCAGCUCAUUUUUGUUCAAGUAUCGUCGUAUUGUGCUCCUUGAAACAACUAUGUGAUAAUAAAUGGCUUCAUAUGAUCACUAUCCUGAAAUAAAAGAGAGUUUUUUUGCAUGAUCAGUCAUAUUUUCAAAAUCAAUGCCAAAAUUUCACAAUUUCUGCCAGGAUAUGCAAACUUUUGAGCACAACUGUACAUGAAGUUAAAUUUUGUUAAAAUUAUUUAAAUUGAAAAGUGUAUGUGUGUGUGUAUAUAUAUAUAUAUCUCAUGGUAGCAUUUGUUGUACAUGAGAAUUUCCAUUGAGAAUCAUAAAAACAACCGAAGGUUAAAACAUCUGGACGCAUUAAUGUAAUGAGAAUUUGGAGAGGAAAUGUUUUCAUUUUCUGUAGGCAUUUUUUUCUCUCUUGAUUUUGGGGUAAUAAAUAAAUUGGACAUGUUUUCAUGAGUUUCACCUUAUUACUGUUUGUUUCUUUAAUAUCUGACUUUUACAUCUGAUGGCCAAGCAUUAACAUCAUCUGAUAUAUUAAUCUAAACGUCAUUAAAAUUCUGUUUGCCUUUAAAGACUAACUGGGCUGUGCUGUCCUGCAGUGUUUUGGCUACAUUCAUGUUCUGUAUGUGAAGUCUGUAUGCAAUUCCUGAGCGUCUGAAUGAACAAUACAGUAGAAUAAAUAAAUGUCAUUCUUUUCUUAACUAUGCUUUUACUGUAAAUAAUUUGUAUUAAACAGUGACAUGAG